UAAUUCAAAUUUUUAUUUAUGAAAUUCCUUUCUUUUUUUUGCUUGGAGGGACAUUGAUUUAUGCUUCUUUUAUUGCUUUUUAUAGUUAGGUUUGAACCUUUCAAAUUGACUUGUCUACUAACUUUGUUUUGGCCCCAUUUAAAACCUCUUAUGUUCUGUCCUUUUUUCUCUCACUCAAUAGUUUUUGCCAUUUUUAUUUCUAAGUUUGUUCUAACCUUGAAUGAAACAUGGCAAUUGAACUUUGCUCAGAAAACUGUGGUGUUUCUUCAGUGAGUCCAAGAAUUUCAUUCUCUCAGGACUUUUCACAAACAGAUGCCAUACCUGUUGAGCAACACCCCUUUAGAUCAAAUUCUUCUGGGUUGAAUCCAAGUAUUGAUUUUGAUUUCUGUGUCAAUCAAACUCUCAACCUUGAAUCAUCUUCAGCUGAAGAGCUUUUCUCAGAUGGCAGAAUUCUCCCAGCUGAAAUCAAGAAAAAAAAACUACCUUUGAAGCAACCAUUAGCAACAACUCAAUCAUCACCAUCACACCCUCCAUUGAACCCUUCAAAUUCUAGCUAUAACAAUGAUUCCAAUGGCAAAAACUUGAGAAGAGAAAGCUCAAAAGAAACCUCCAAAGAAAGCAAGUAUAUGAAUGAUGAAGUGUGUGAAAAACAAAGUUCAAGUUCUAAGUCAUUUUGGAGUUUCAAGAGAAGUAGUAGCUGUGGGAGUGGCUAUGGAAGAAGCUUGUGUCCAUUGCCACUUCUAUCUAGAAGCAAUUCAACUGGAUCUACUUCAAGUGUUAAGAGGAAUUCAAUCUCAAAGGAUGGUAUUAGUAUUAAACAAAAUUCUCAGAAACAUUCUUCUUCAACAAGGCUUUCAAAUUCUUCUGGGCCUAACAGUUAUCUUAAACCUCCAUUGAAUAAGAGUCAUGGAUCUCAUGGUAGUGUUAGAGUUAAUCCUGUUCUUAAUGUUCCUUCAGCAAAUUUAUUUGGUUUGGGUUCAAUCUUCUCCAACAAUAGAGAUAAGAGCAAGAAAAAGUAGCAUUGUUUUUAAGGAUUAAAUAUGUUUUGAAUCCUUAACUUUUAUUAUUGUCAUUUUAUGAGGAUUAAUGACAUAUUUAAUUUAAAUAUAUUA